UGUCUGGUUAAUGAAUAAAGGUAAGUCAGAGGUGAGUAACUUCUGUAAGAAUGUGGUUGAUCAGGUUUUGAUCUUCUCCCCCGACUGGUUUGGCACAUCAGGCGUGGAGGAAAAUCUGCUCUGGAAAUAACAAUAAAUCAGAGUCGCAGUAAUUCUGCUGUGACACCGUUCAGGUUUUCCUACAAAGAAGGGAAUUACAAGAUCACCUUUUUAUCCGUCUGUGUUCUGGAUUUUCUGGAAAGCACUUUGCCACAUCUCCCGAGGCUGUUGGAUCUCUCUCAUGCGUUUGAUUACUGGCAGCCUGUUUGAACUGUGAAUGAAGAAACCUGGAAAAACAUGGCAGUGAAUCUGAGUAAGAAUGGCCCCGCUCUCAUGGCUGCUUAUAAAGAAGUGGUGGAUGGCAACGUGGACACAAACUGGGCGCUGUUUACUUAUGAAGGGAACAGUAAUGAUAUUCGUCUAGCAGAAAAAGGAGAUGGGGGAUUGCAGGAGAUGGUGGAGGAGCUGAACAGUGGGAAGGUGAUGUACGCUUUCUGUCGUGUCCAGGACCCCAACUCUGGUCUGCCCAAAUAUGUCCUCAUAAACUGGACAGGUGAAGGUGUGAAGGACUCUCGAAAAGGAAUGUGUGCCAACCAUGUGAGCUCAAUGGCCAACUUCCUAAAGGGAGCCCAUGUGACCGUAAACGCCCGGGGAGAGGAAGACGUGGAACCGGAGACCAUCUUGGAGAAAGUGGCCAAAGCGUCUGGAGGCAACUUUAAUUUCCACAAACAAACACAAGAAUACAGAGAAGCACCCAGAGGACCUGUGGGUUCUGUGUAUCAGAAGAUCAAUGCUGGGGAGGAAAUUCAACAAACCAAAAAGGACGACUUCUGGGUCCAAGCUCAGAGGGAUGAAGAAGUCCGUCGACAGGAGGAGAACAAACGAGCGGAGCUGGAGAGACAAAUGUUGGAGAGGGAGAGGAGGGAGGUGGACGAGAAGCAGGCGAAGGAGAGGGAGAGGAAAGCAAAGGAGAAAGCUCAGCAGAUUGAACAGGACAAGAUUCAUCAGAGGCAGAGAGAAGAAGAGGAAAGAGAGAGGGAGCAGCAGCGACAGAACCAGCAGGAAAACCAAAGCAAGAAGACAGGCAUCAACUCUGCUGCGUCAGUGCAGAAAGCUAAUGAGGCCAAAUCACUGAUUUCUCAGAGAUCAUUUAAUCCCAGAGAUGUAUUCAAGCAGAGGGAGCAGAGCUUUGAGGCCGACGACAGACCGUCUCCUGCUGCAGCCAGACCCGGGAAGCUGCAGAGUCGGUUUCUAUCUCAGAAAUCCUUUGAGACAGAAGUCCCGGUGCAGCCUCGCCAGGCAGCCUCACCUCCGCCUGCUCCAGCUGUGGUCCCGGCCUUUUCCAAGACCCCCCUGUCUCCUGUCACACAUGUCUCACCUGUACUGUCUUACUCACCUGCUGCAGCUGUCUCUCCUACACCACCAGAGACAACAGGCUCACCCGUUCAAGCUGCAGACGCUGCCUACACAGAAGAGGACGAGUGGUCAGAUGAGUUUGAUGACGAUGCAGAUGAAACCCCCCCAGCUGAAGAUGAUCUGUAUGAGACACCACACCCGGUUGGGACAGAGGAGGACCUGUAUGAGGUCGUUUCCCAGGAGAGCCCCACAGCUGAAGAUGUGAAGGCCAGUGGACAGGACAUCUGUGCCAGAGCUCUGUAUGACUACCAGGCUGUGGACGACACUGAGAUCACCUUUGACCCUGACGACAUUAUAACCGGGAUCGAGAUGGUGGAUGAGGGUUGGUGGAGAGGUUACGGACCUGACGGACGCUACGGCAUGUUCCCCGCCAAUUACGUCGAGCUUCUCUAGCUUUCAUCUCUCUCUUUGUGCUCCUUUUAUAAAACCGAAAAAGCCCUGAGAUGACAGACAGGAAAUGGAUGAAAUAUGUCUCUUAAAUCAGCUCGUUUGUCACGUCUUUGUCAUGUUAAAGGUUUGUCAAAAUAUCUCACUGUUGAAUAUCACUGGAUGAUUAGACUGUUGUAAAAAUCACAAUAAAUACUCAGUAGUUCUUCUCAGUCA